GGAAGCCGUAUGAGAUCCAUUUGCCAAACCUCAAAUGGUCCGUCGGACGGUUCAGAGUCUGGGAGAAGUGCAGUUUUCCCUGGAUUAUACCUUGGAUGUGGGACGAGCGAAGUAGGCACCCUGUUAUCUUUUCUGCACCUGUAUUGGUCCACGAAUGCCAUCACCGUGUCAGGAGACCAGUGGUUGAAAGCACGUACAGUGAGAAAUUCCUGUAACUUGUCACAGGGCGUCAAAAGGUGAUGUGUCAACAUCGAGCAGUCGUGAGGGUCUUGUCAAUGAGGGAGGAGAGAGGAAUAGUGGGGUGAAGGCUGUUGCAAAAAGGAAGAGUCACAUGAGGAGCAGUUAGCAGGAGGAUGGCCAAAGGUUUGAACGGGUGAACGUUGCCUUCCUGUGCAGCGAGCUGAGAAAAGGGGCAGAAGAGUGAAUCCUCUGCGUAUUGGAACGAAGUGGAGCCUGCAGAACACUUUCUGUCGUCCGAAUCGGCUUUUAAGUUUGUGAAAAGAAGAGUUUAGCUGCAUGUGGAAUUCUUGGUUGACUGUCUAUUUCUUUCAACACUUGGAAGAUGGCUACCUCCCUGUUCUCCAUCUUUCUGAAGAGACACAGCUAUGUGUUCUGCAGAAUAUGCAUGGGCAUAUUCUGGGCUACAGCUUCCUCACCUCUGGUUUAUUGACCUCUUUACUUCUACCUGCUUUCUUUCCUCUGGGAGCUUACUAAGACUACCAUGCCUGCGGGAAUCCUGCCUCAAAAUGAAGAGCCAUACUCCACUUUGGUGAAUGACAGUCCAUAUGCUGCCAACAUGAAGGGAAAUCCAGGGCGUCCAACGCCAAAGUACACAAAGGUUGGAGAGCGGCUGCGACAUGUGAUUCCUGGACACGUGGCCUGCUCCGUGGCGUGUGGCGGCAGAGCUUGCAAGUACGAAAACCCGGCGCGCUGGAGCGAGCAGGAGCAAGCCAUUAAGGGGGUCUACUCGUCCUGGGUCACUGACAACAUCUUGGCCAUGGCUCGCCCGUCCACUGAGCUCCUCGAGAAGUACUGCAUCAUCGAGCAGUUCCGAAGCCAUGGCAUAAAAACAAUCAUCAACCUGCAGCGCCCUGGGGAGCAUGCCAGCUGCGGGAACCCCCUGGAACAAGAAAGUGGCUUCACGUAUCUUCCUGAAGCUUUCAUGGAGGCUGGCAUCUAUUUCUACAAUUUCGGAUGGAAGGAUUACGGUGUGGCAUCGCUUACCACUGUCUUAGACAUGGUGAAGGUGACGACAUUUGCCUUACAGGAAGGGAAAGUAGCCAUCCAUUGUCAUGCAGGGCUUGGUCGAACAGGCGUUUUAAUAGCAUGUUACUUGGUUUUCGCCACGAGAAUGACUGCUGACCAAGCAAUUAUAUUUGUUCGGGCGAAGCGACCCAAUUCCAUACAAACUCGAGGACAGCUCCUCUGUGUAAGGGAAUUUACCCAGUUUCUCAUCCCUCUCCGCAAUAUAUUCUCUUGCUGUGACCCCAAGGCACACGCCGUUACUUUAGCACAGUAUCUGAUUCGCCAGCGGCAUCUGCUUCACGGUUAUGAGGCCCGCCUUCUGAAACACGUACCCAAAAUCAUCCACCUCGUUUGCAAACUGUUGCUGGAUUUAGCUGAGAACAGGCCAGUGGCGACAGAAGAGGUGGCAGAGGGGCCCAGCCUGUGUGCGGAAAUCGAAAAGACUGUUUCUGAGGUGAUCACCAUGCAGCUGGACAAAGAGUUACUGAGGCAGGGCAGUGACGCCUCAGACUCCUUGCCGCCCGCUGCAGUGGCCGUGGAUUUUGAGAAUCAGGAUGUGAUUCUUUCCAGCGAACAGCGGGUUGACCCUCUUUGGAAGAGGCGGAAUGUUGAGUGCCUUCAGCCCCUGACACCUCUGAAAAGGCGAUUCAGCUACAGCGACUCUGACUUAAAGAGGGCUGAGUCACUUCUGGGGCAGGGGGCAGCUCCGUGGACGGGGCCUGCCGCAGCCUUGCUUGGCCAUAACCCCAGACAGCAGAAGCCCAUAAGCCACUGUCACACCCCCCAGUCUCCACAGCUUGAUCUGAGUAAGGAAACGCUGGUCCGAAAUACAUUCUCUUUCUGGAAUCAAGCUAAAUUUGGAGGCCUGGAAGGACUCAGGGAUGAGGGGUCACCGGGUUUCCAUAGGGAGACUGCUGCGAAGGAAGUACAGCGGAGUAGAACCUUCUCCUCGGGGGUUUCGGGUCCCUACAACCCUGGGGAUCCAGUGAGACCCAGCUUUGCGGAUGUCCCUGGGGAACCGGACCGUUGUCCCCAGCAAGCGCCCCGUCUGUGUGGGGCUCCCUCCGCUCACUGCUCUGAGACUCCCCGCAGCCUCGGGGACCGUGACUUCCUCUGCAAAGUACCCUCCUCGGUUGGACCCACAGCCCAGGAAGGCAAAGACCUGCCUGAGGCCACUGCGCACACUGCUUCGCAGGCCGAACUGAGUGCCGAAGCCAGGAGAGUGCUGGCUGCCAAAGCCCUGGCAGAUCUCAGUGAGCUUGCAGAAGAGGAGGGAGUGAAGAGGAAGGUAGAGAUGUGGCAGAAAGAACUGAAUUCACGAGACGGAGCUUGGGAAAGAAUAUGUGGCGAAAGGGACCCUUCCAUCCUGUGCAGUUUAAUGUGGUCUUGGGUGGAGCAGCUGAAGGAGCCUGUGAUAACCAAGGAGGACGUGGACAUGUUGGCUGGCAGCCACACAGAGGCCGCAGAAGCGUUGUUUUUGUUAGAGAAGGGCCAGCACCAGACCAUUCUCUGCGUGUUGCACUGCAUUGUGAACCUGCAGCCCAUCCCUGCGGAUGUGGAGGAGGCCAUCCUUGCCCGCGCCAUUAAAGCCUUCACCAAGGUUAAUUUUGACUCUGAAAACGGACCAAUAGUUUACGACACCCUAAAGAAAAUAUUUAAGCACACACUGGAGGAGAAAGGGAAAAUGACAAAAGAUGGCCCUCAGCCUGACGUUUAGUGACGCUUCCCCACGGCGGACACUCCAGACCCGGAGACCCAGGCGGCGUUCGUGCGUACAGAUGAACAGGAAGGCGGUGUGGAGCCGUUUCGGGUCCCAGCACUUUAUCUCAGACGCUCUUGGUUUGUGCAAAGAAUACUCAUUUCUGUUGCGAGCGAUUAUUUAUUUUAAAAUACCCUUGAGCUACAUUUUUGUGUUGAAAAAUUGCCAUAAUGUUGGUGCCACUUUCUUGUAUUUAUUUAACUGAAUUAAUAUUGUGCUAAUAUGUUAAGUACAUGGUGUUUACAUCUUUAUUCUUUUUGACGUUUUGGAAAAAGUUGUAAUUCUUCUUUCCAGAACAGCUAUUUUGUUGAUGGAGCUCUUGCUGGAGUUUUUACCAAGUAGGCAAUUUUAGCAGUAAAACUUCACUGUGGAUCUGUGAGCCUGAUCCAUGGCCUGAGGAAGUCACGAAGUGUCUUCAACUAUUUUGUAUUUGUUAAUAAGAAGGCGAUUGAUAACAUUUUUAAAGGAUUUUUUUAAUUUGGAAAUUUUUUGUUUUUUUCUUUUUAUAAAUGUGUCAAAGGGUUUCAAAGUAUAUUAUUUUUUGGAGUGAUUUAGUUUUGUGUUAAGGGUGGUCGUGACGUGGUUGGAUUUUUUUAUUGUAGGAAGUAGACUCGGGCCUCCAGAUGGCCUUGCUGGUCUCUCCGCACAUCCAGCCUUACUCUCUCCAAACAGCGUCUUCACAGGAAGUGGUCAGGCAGACCCUGUGCUGACGGUGUGAGGGCCACGCAGCCCGUACCUCCCACCUCCGUCCUUCUGCAGACCCCGCUGCCCUAGGGCCCUGUCUUCUGCCACUUUUCACUAGGAAAAUUAAGAUUCUUAAACUGAAAUGUGAGCACGUAGCCUGCAUUCACCAUAUGGGUUUUAGUUAAGAAGUAAGUAAACUAUUUGUUGCCUGACUAGUAACUGCCUAACGGGUUCUUUGUGGACCGAGCUGUCAUUCAGCAGUUGAGGCUGUAACAAAUGUGUGCAGUUAUCAGAGGCCAGGCCGCACAGGGUGAUCGUUUUUCCCAACAGAUGUGAUACUAAUCAAACCAGUUUCACAGUAAAGCUGUCACGCUAUUUUAGAGACAGAAACUUGGGGGAAGCGAGACUAACCUUGGAUGAGAUUCUCCAACUCCUGCAUCUCUGAAUCCGGCACUGGCACAUCAGAAACGUUUUAGUCAUUAUGGGUCUUACCGACUCUGGCGGCAGGUGCUGAAUGCCGUUUCCUCCUACACUGUUUGAAUUUUCUUGGGAAACCAGAUCCAGUGAAUUUUAAUGAACUGGGUUGCCUGUUGCUGAGAUUUCUCAUUUUUAAGUGCCUGAUCUGGGAAAGAAGGGGAGAAAAGAUUACAUUUUAUCCAAAGGUACAUUAUAAAAAUAUGUUUUUUACCCCAAAAGAUGUUUACCCACAUGUCUGUCAGUGUCACAUGGACAAGGGCCAGCAGGGUUCGUUCGACAAGUGGCUAUUGGCCUGUGUCUGUGAUGAUCAGGUUAGAGCACGGAUCCCGCGCAGCCACAAUGUGACCACGGCCGCACGCCAGCCUGAGGAGGCCGGUGGGACAGGUAAACCAGGCUGUCUCCAGGUUUUGUAUUUAUUCGAAUAAAAGUGCAAACAACAAACCA